AUGACGUUGAUGAUGUCCGAUCUUCCAGAGGAUUUGAUAGAGGAUAUUUUGUCGAGGGUUCCAAUAACAUCUCUAGGAGCAGUGAGGUCUACUUGCAAAAGAUGGAACAGUUUAUCCAAAGAUCGGAUUGUAUGUAGAGGAGAAACAAAGCAUCAGUUUCUAGGGUUCAUGGUGCAAAAAUCUAAGGUUUGUUCGUUGAGAUUUGAUUUCAAUGGAAUCCAAAAUGAAGAUGUCGAACUAGCAGGGCCAUCUAUAAAGCCAAUAGAUAAAUUUAAUGAAUUGAGGAUAUUUGAAGUUAAUAACUGCAAUGGCCUACGGUUACCAGUACGGAUAUAUCACGUUAAACACUGCAAUGGCUUAUUGUUAUUGGUAACUAAAGAAAUCAAUUUCAGGCUCUUGGUUUGGAACCCGUAUUUGGGACAAACCGGGUUGGUUCAACCUAGAAUUAGUUUCGAUUUCCAAGAUAGGUAUUAUCUCGGAUAUGGUAACAACCGUACCCACAAAAUCUUGAGGAUAUUCGACAAUUACGAAAUCUACGAUUUUAAGUCUAAUUUAUGGAAGGUCCUUGAUAUCACUCCCGACGUUGGGUAUAGAAAUAUUUGUGGAUGCAGCUUGUCGGUUAAGGGAAAUACUUAUUUUAUUCGAAGAGAGACAAGGGGGGAUUGGGUAAGACCACGUGAUGUUUUUUUACAAUGUUUUGAUUUUACAAGAGAGAGAAAUGGACCUCGUCUUCCGAUGCCAUUUCAAGUUUCUAUCUAUGACGCCGUGACUCUCUCUUCUAUUAGAGAGGAACAACUUGCGGUAUUAUUGAAAAAUACAUAUAAGAUGGAGAUAUGGGUGACAACCAAGAUUGAGCCCAAUGCGGUGUCGUGGAGUCACUUCUUAAAAUUUAUUGAUUUUAAACUUAAGAUCUCAGUUUUGAGUUUCUUUAUUGAUCAAGAGAAAAAACUUGCUGUAAUUUUUGAUUUACGCGUAUCUAAAGGAUCCAUAGAUAAGACUUACAUAGCUCACAUCAUCGGAGAGGCUGGAUACUUGAGAACAGUGGAUCUCGGAGUAGUUUCCCCACAGUUUCUUCCCCUACCAGUGUGCUCUUAUGCUCCAAGUUUAGUGCAAAUCAAUCAAAGCCAAGAAAUAUCGCUUAUCUAGCUAAAGAAAGAUGGAGAUUAUUAUUAACCAGUUUUUUUUUUUUACAGUACCUUGUUUGUUUCUUGCAUCAUCUUCUUUUCAU